CACCGCCACUACGAAAGUUCUCUGCACCAGCGAAGCGGACUCAAUCCCAGCCAGUCUCCCCUGUGAUGGCACCUUCCCCUAACGCAUUGGCUUUGCAGCUCACUUGCGAAUCCAUCACACUGAGACUGGCGAAAUCGAUGAGGCGUGCGAGAUAACGCCACAUAACCUCUCCAUGAUGAAGGAUAACUUCUUGACAUAAAUAGAGAUUGAUAGGGAACUGGUUGGUCACUGAGCAGCGUUCUCACCGCUGUACGAUAAGGUGGGAGAUUUUUACAAAACGGUGAUGUAAUCCACCAACAACACGGGAGGGGACAGAAUCUAGCAACUGUAGCAGGUUUCGCACGCACAAAAAACUGUGCAUGUUUCCCUUCUGUGCAAGAAACAGCAGCGUAUGGAUAUUCGGGUGUAAUUCCCGCGUGGUUAUACGGCUACAAUUAAUUGUUGUUCAUCUGAAACUUAGGGAUUCCAUUAGAUCAUGCUACUUUUACAUCUAGAAAGUAGAAUUUAGAAAGUUCCCCGAAGGGGAUUUCGACUAAAUACUAGCGACUUUAACUCUGCCCGUUUUGUGUCUCGCUCUAGAAUGAACCGAAAUCUGCCAUCCAACUCACGGCCCCCGCGUUCUUCGACUUCUUAAAAAGUUACAGUCAUGACUGUGUGAACACGGUCUCCGCAGCCGCGGCCAACCAACACAGCGAACGAUGGAUAUCCAGACAAAUAGAACUCAAGGUACGUUAGGGCAUUUCAAUUCGUUCUUCGUUUACCGUCUUGCUUUGUGGCGGCUCAAUUUUCCUUUUAUUACUUAUCAUCAUACAUUGCACAUAUAGAUAUAAAGGCAGAAUGGUAUUACCGACAAAGACAAGGGAGGCUGGAAUAGCCAUUUCCGGCUUAUUAGCCGUCGCCAGCCAGCCAUACAAAACCUCGAGGUGUGAAAAACUUUGGACUGGAUCCCCCGACCUGGUAGUUAGAAGUUCAACGCCCCUAACCACUGAGCCACGGGCUCGUUAUCCUGCCCGUUGCGACAGUCGCCGUUGGCCACAUUAGUCUGUUUGGCGCAUCACCCGGCGGCAAAAUGCUCACGCCAGUGACAUUUAAGUUUCAGUGCACGAGCUUAGUUUCUAUGUCCCUAGCAUCUUCGAAGACUUUGAGGCAUUCCGGAUGUUAACUGCGUAAACUGGCAGGACGAUUGUCUGCCCUUUACUGGAAAGUCUCGCAGCUAGUUGCCUUUUCGGGAAAGUUUAAGUCUAAUUCUUUUUGACACUUAGUUUGAGUAUUUCGCGUUAUUUGAAGUCACGAAGGACUUUUUACUGCCCGCUGGGCUUGAGCAAGACUUCGCAAGCCGCAAGACCCUUCGGAAAAUAGCACAGGGUCCAAGUUGCUUUACUGGGCUGAAUUCGAUCUUCCUGAACUGUUAGCAAUAUAAAAAAACUCAAAUUACCGUUUUUUAGGAUUUCUAUUUACGGAAAGGUCAACAUUUUCGUCUAUGAUCUUUUACACAUUCGCCUAACAGGUCCUUUCGACUGCAUAUUUUCUAGAAAUUGAUUUGGAGGUUUUUUUCGUGCAGCACCUCUCAUUCCUGUUAGCUUGCUUACCAUUUCCUUUCGCAAGUGGUCGCUUUCAGCCACGCGCGCCAAUGACCUUUCUGUUUAUGCUCUUUGUACUCGCCUUCGACCUUGUCGUUCGAUUGAAGCGUCAACCAAUCAGAAUUGCCCACCGACCUUUCCCUGAUCGCUUUUCUAAAACUCAGCAAUUCGUCCUGGUUUGUGGGUUGAAUGGGAAAAUCGGAAGUGGCCUAAACACCACGCCGUUGAGACCCUUUCGUAGUCACUAUAUUCAAGGUUCGAUCCUUAUUUUUAUUCUGCAAUUUUUGCUUUUCCCUCCUUUACAGAUGAUUUUUUUUUCCAAAUGUCUAUCCCCUUCUCUGUCCAGAUCCACAUGGAAAUGUAAAUAGACAUAAUUCCUUCGGAGUAACUGUGACUUGACAGAUAGAGGACUGGUGUAGACGGCGGUUUAAAAGUCUACUGCCCUAACUGUAGACUUGAAAAUCGCCAGACUGACUCAGAUGACAUUAAACCCAGGGGUCUAGAAGCGAUUUACUAUGAACGAAACGCGAUUCUGAGACCAUGCAUCCUAUUCGACUGAUUGUCCUGUUCUACUUUUGUUCAUGGACCUAUAUCAUCCCUUGAAAAGAUGUUGCAUGUGUUUUCAAAAUACCAUUCCUUCUUUUUUGUGCAAACUUUCUACUUUAGUCACUAUAAAACGUUAUUCUGUUGUUAUCCAUGCGGCAAAUUGGAAGGUCAGUAUAUUUUAAGGGUAAUAGGCAAUGCCUUUGAAAAACCUAUCGUUACUGACGAGUGCCAUGUUCAGGACUCGAGAAAUACUGGUAGAAGUACUGGCGACGACGAAACUAUCGGGGUUGUCGAAGGGGUUUUGCAACUCACGAAACUCUGUUUGCAAUGAUUGACUCCAUAACACCAUAGACAAUGACAAAGGAUUACGUGAGCCUGGUAGUCAUCUGGUGGAUUCUAGGUGAAUUACUUAGGAAGUCCAGUUUGGGCAGUCAGCUUACUGUAUCAGACUUGGUGGAUUCCAGACUUUGCAGUAGGUUGCGCGGAUAACUUGACCCAAGUGUGAUUAAACUCGCGUCGUCCGGCGGGGCCUCGUAGCUCAAUUGGUUAGAAUGUUGGCUGUACUAAAGCCACCCAUCGCGUUGCCGAAGACACUGAUCCUGAUUUGUGCUUUGGGGCUUAAUUCCGACCCUCGCCGGUUCCCUCAUCGACAUGGCCGACGAAAACAGGGAGACUGGAAUGGCCACUUCUGGCUUCUUAUCUGUCAUCAGCCAACCGCACUCAACUUCAGGUUUUGCGACCCACGACCAAUUGGUUGGAAUUGCAACGCCCUAACCAUCGCCAGAAUGUCUCAGACGACAUUAAACCCAGGGCUCUAGAAGCGAUUUACCGUGGACGAAACGCGAUUCUGAGAGCAUGCAUUCUAUUCGACUAAUUGCCCUGUUCCGCUUUUGUUCAUGGAGCUAUAUCAUCCCUUGAGAAGAUGUUGCUUGUUUUUUCAAAAUACCAUUCCUAAAUUUUUGUCCAAACUUUCUACUUUAGUCACUGUAGAACGUUAUUCUGUUGUUAUCUGUGCGUCAAAUUGGAAGGAAUCAUUACUGACAAGUGUCAUGUUCAGGGCGACGACGAAACCAUCGGAAACUGUUCCUAGGCCCACAUUCGGAGUGUCCUGACUGUUUUAUUUGAGGUUUUGCAACUCUCGAAAAUCCGUUUGAAAUGAUUGCCUACAUAAACUUAUCGACAAUGACAAGGGAGACUGGAAUGGCAAUUUCUAGCUUAUUAGUCAUCGUCAGCCAGCCAUUUCAAGCCCCAGGUUUUUUGUAACCUGUGAUCCCGUGAUUUGCUAGUUAGACUUCCAAUGCCCUGACCACUGAGCCACGAGCUCAUUGUCCUGUUGGUUGCGAUCUAGUACAUACAACAGUAGAAGUACGCUCACCGAUCGCGUUACGGGAGACACUGGUCCUGCUUUGUGCUUUGGGACUUAAUUUCGACCCUCACCGGUUCCCGCACAGCGGCUGGUGAUUUGUGCAGAAUGAUAUGGCCGACGAAGACAGGGAGACUGGAAUGGCCACUUCUGGCUUGUUAGCCGUCAUCAGCCAACCGCACCCAACCUCAGGUUUUGCGACCCGCGACCUGUUGGUUAGAAUUGUAAUGCCAUAACCACUGAACCGCAAUCUCUUUGUCCUGUCGGUUGCGAUCAGGAAUGUACAAUGGUAGAGGAACGUUCAUCGAUAGCGUCCCUCUGCCACAGUGUUUUUCCUUGCAGUCGAAGUCUGGAGCUCUGACGCGAAAUCAGUUAGUUUCCUACACCGAGGCUAAAGCAACGUGAUCCUGCCGAAGUCCAUGCGAAUAAAGUCCUCGAUAAAACCCACUCAAUGCCAUCCGAAUGCAACCUUGCGUGAUCAGCAGAUACUUGUAGUCUUCACACGUGAUACGCAUUAUCGGUUCCGCAAAUUCAAGGAACGCAAAAAAUCCGUCAGAAUUUGCGACGAUCAUCUUCCCGACCGUGUAUUUGAUGCUCUGCAGGGAAUAAUUCUUUGUUUCUCAGGGUUAGAACGCCCAAAACAACAAGUCAUUUUGGGCAAAAAAUAGGUAAGCGAUUCUGACAAAAGUUCCAAUAAUCCUGAAUUUUAAAAAAGUGUAAACUUAUCCCCAGGGAUCCUCACGACAACAGUCCAAGGAAUUGCAUCCCUACACCAUGCUUCUUUCAGCAUUUUAUCCUUGUUUAAAUGUUUAAUGAUUUGUGGAGAACGUGCGUCUUCUUAAAACUCCCUUUAUGAAAAAACGAGGUUCUUUUCCCUGAAUUCUCUUAUAUUUCGUGUAUUUUCAAGAAGUCCUGUGCUUUUUAUUAUUAUUUUGGUAUCGAAGCUGGACUAGAACUUGAACAUAUGUGCGCGGUUAUUUUUGGCUUAAGAAUCUGGCUGUCUUAUGGUGCUACUAGAUAGUCCUGAAGAAACCUGACGUCACCAAUGGCGAUAUACUUUUGCCAGGAAGCUCUUGUUUAUCCCUGCGCAUACGUGUGAAGUGUGAAUGACUGAUUUCAAAUCUUUAACCGCGCGCGGGAUGACAGCAUAGUAUAAAACACUUUAUUGUUAGGGGGGGGGUUGUGUAAAACAAGAAACUCCAACGCUCGAGAAACGUCUGACGCAAGGCGGAAACGAACAAUUAUAUAUUUUAGUAUGAACUGACGCGUCUGUGAGAAAGUUCCAGGCAUUAGGCCCACAAGAAAGAGAUUCUGGCUCAUGUUCGGCCGUCCGUCAGCCGUAACCCUGACCUCUCUUGUCUCUCUGGCUGACUGCUUCCUCAGCCACAAGAGUUACGUGGCACGAUCUCUCCUCCCCCCUUUCUUGAAAUUUUAAACUGACCCUGCCUUCUUGUUCUACGCAGGAGGCCGUCUACAAACAUGAGGCUGUGACGUCAGUUGCCGCCUCCCUCCAAUGCGCACCUGACCGCGUCGUGGCCGCCGCCGCCGCCGCCGGCCUAGCCGCGGACCAAUCAGCUGCGGGCGCCAAUCGAUUGCUGCUCUCCGUCUGGCCUCGCGCACUCGAACGUCUGCUGGGUUGCGCGCGCGACAAGCAUGCCGCCGCAGUGGAGGCGCGCAUUUCCCGCCUGGGCAGUGCUCACGGCCACCUGGCAGAGGCGAUGCGCGGUGUGAUUGGCCUCAAAGCCAAGCUCGCGCGCUUCCUUGUGCCCUGCCUCGAAUCUCAGGCGUCCGGUCGCCUUUGUUUAGGCCGAGCGGAGUCCAACGGACAGUGGCAUUCAACCCUGCAGGUGUCGCCGUCGCCAGGGCCGCAACUGCCCCAAGACUCCGGGCUUGCUGAGGUAAUCUCCCACAGGACUCCUGGGAGUACGCCGUGGGGGGAAAGUGACUUGUUCUUUCCGAUUAGUCUGUACCGCCACCUACAAACCCGACUGGAUAGAGUUAUUGAUCAGUUCUGUCGGUGUACAUCCAAAAAACCAUCAAUCCUGCCUGGGACGUUAAAGUUUUUUGAUUGGUCGUCAGGUUGACCUCCCCUGACCGACCAGUCAGGGAUCGAUUUGAAGAUAUUUUUCAUUGAGGGGACUUCUGGUGAAUAGGCGUUGGAUACUAGCAAAAAAAGUUUAUUAUUCUUGACUUUCUGAAUUUAAAUCUGUCCUCAGAGGUGUAAACCAAGCGGAAAACGCCAAUGGGAGGCAACCUAUCGGUCACAACUGUCUGUUACUUAUGUGCAUAAAAACAUUGGAGUCGCCUAUAUCUCGGAGUCUACUUUCGCAGGCCUUAGUAGACGGGGGAACUGGAGACAUCUGUUUAUCGACUCAGAGCCAGAUUCCCGCCUUGUUUACCCGGUGCGCAAAAGUGUUCCCGACCACCCAGGUCUGCAGACCAGCCCCGCGAUUGGUUACGAAGGCCUGUGCAGGCCGGUAGAAGAAGGAAACGGCUCCAAUUGAUUGAUUUUCGCCUUUAGACUGAUAAUCCUGUUGCCUUAUUAACACCUCUCAGAAUAGACUUAAGAAGGCGUUCGAAAGCUAUAAACAUAACAAUUCAUUUAUCUACACACCUACUAACAAGGCGAUGUUCUGUCAGCUAUUAAGGAAGCACUGGUCAUCAAGCAUAUCUGUGUUGUUUAAGGUGACUUCGGAGUUACUACCGGUAGUGCCAAAGAAAACGCAGUGGCGAGUGCGGCGAUCGAGUUUCGUGUUUCCACCGAAAAGGACAAAAUAAUUCCCACUUGCAUGAAUGUAAGGAAUAAUAAUAAUAACCAUAAUAAUAAUAGUGUAUAUAGGGUAAUAGGCAAUGCCCUUGAUGACCCUAUUGAAAACGGUGCGUACAAUAUAAAUGUUAAAUGCACAUCUUAAUAACAUUUUGUCAGUAACACGUUUGUUUACGGAAGACGUUUUUGCAGUGCGGGACUGCGAAGAGUGCGGCAGGGGGGUCAUUUCAAUGUACAUAGUUAAAGACAAAAGUACUUUUGAUACAAAAUAAUCACGACCAAGGCGAAAUCCAUUUUUAUGGACACAGUUAGAACAUCCUGGGCGGCAGAGGUUUCGCAAACACCACGACAAAACUC